GAGGGGAGUCAGACUUCCUGUCCCUGAGCCCGAGCCCACGCGUGCGGGCUGGACCCCUCCCCCUGCCCCCCGCUUCCCCCCAUAGUAGCUGGACGUCUGGGUCCGCGCCGCGUCCUUCCCGCCGCGCCAUUGGAUUAUGUCUCGGAUCGAAUCCCUCACGCGGGCGCGGAUCGAACGGAGCAAAGAGCUGGCGAGCAAGACCCGGGAGAAGGAGAAGAUGAAGGAAGCCAAGGACGCCCGUUACACCAACGGGCACCUCUUCACCACCAUCUCCGUGUCGGGCAUGACCAUGUGCUACGCCUGCAACAAAAGCAUCACAGCCAAGGAGGCCCUCAUCUGUCCGACCUGCAAUGUGACUAUCCACAACCGCUGUAAAGACACCCUGGCCAACUGUACCAAGGUCAAGCAGAAGCAACAGAAAGCCGCCUUGCUGAAGAACAACACGGCCUUGCAGUCUGUGUCUCUCCGCAGUAAGACCACCCUCCGGGAGCGGCCAAGCUCUGCCAUCUACCCCUCUGACAGCUUCCGGCAGUCUCUCCUGGGUUCCCGCCGUGGCCGCUCCUCGCUGUCUCUAGCCAAGAGUGUCUCCACUACCAACAUCGCCGGCCAUUUCAAUGAUGAGUCCCCACUGGGGCUUCGCCGCAUCUUGUCUCAGUCCACGGACUCCCUCAACAUGCGGAACCGGACAUUGUCAGUGGAAUCCCUCAUUGACGAAGGUGCAGAGGUGAUCUACAACGAGCUGAUGAGUGACUUUGAGAUGGACGAGAAGGAUUUUGCUGCCGACUCCUGGAGCUUGGCCGUGGAUGGCAGCUUCUUGCAGCAGCAUAAGAAGGAGGUGAUGAAACAGCAGGAUGUCAUCUAUGAGCUGAUCCAGACGGAACUGCACCACGUGAGGACGCUGAAGAUCAUGACUCGCCUUUUCCGCACGGGGAUGCUGGAAGAGCUGCAGCUGGAGCCCGGCGUCGUCCAAGGCCUGUUCCCCUGUGUGGAUGAGCUCAGUGACAUCCACACGCGUUUUCUCAGUCAGCUGUUGGAGCGCCGCCGCCAGGCCCUGUGUCCCGGAAGCACCCACAACUUUGUCAUCCACCGUUUGGGGGACCUGCUCAUCAGCCAGUUCUCUGGGCCUAGCGCAGAACAGAUGCGGAAGACCUACUCGGAGUUCUGCAGCCGCCACACCAAGGCCCUGAAGCUCUAUAAGGAGCUAUACGCCCGGGACAAGCGUUUCCAGCAGUUUAUCCGGAAAGUGACCCGCUCAGCAGUGCUAAAGCGGCAUGGGGUGCAGGAGUGUAUCCUCCUGGUGACUCAGCGGAUCACCAAGUACCCGGUGCUCAUCAGCCGCAUCCUGCAGCAUUCUCAUGGGAUGGAGGAGGAGCGCCAGGACCUGACCACAGCACUGGGGCUGGUGAAGGAGCUGCUCUCCAAUGUGGACCAGGAUGUGCACGAGCUGGAAAAGGGGGCCCGCCUACAGGAGAUCUAUAACCGCAUGGACCCUCGUGCCCAGGCCCCCGUGCCUGGCAAGGGCCCCUUUGGCCGGGAAGAGCUUCUGAGACGCAAACUCAUUCAUGACGGCUGCCUGCUCUGGAAGACGGCCACAGGCCGCUUCAAAGAUGUGCUGAUGCUGCUGAUGACGGAUGUGCUAGUGUUUCUCCAGGAGAAGGACCAGAAGUACAUCUUCCCUGCCCUGGACAAGUCCUCGGUGGUGUCGCUGCAGAACCUGAUUGUCCGGGACAUUGCCAACCAAGAGAAGGGCAUGUUUCUCAUCAGCGCUGCCCCGCCUGAGAUGUAUGAGGUGCACACGGCGUCCCGGGAGGACCGCAGCACCUGGAUCCGCGUCAUUCAGCAGAGUGUCCGUGUGUGCCCAUCCAGGGAGGACUUCCCCCUGAUUGAGACGGAAGAUGAGGCUUACCUGCGGCGAAUCAAGAUGGAGCUGCAACAGAAGGACCGGGCUCUGGUGGAGCUGUUACAAGAGAAAGUUGGGCUGUUUGCUGAGAUGACACAUUUUCAGGCAGAGGAGGACGGUGGCGGUGGCAUGCCCCUGCCCACCCUGCCCAGGGGCCUCUUCCGCUCUGAGUCUCUUGAGUCCCCUCGCGGCGAGCGGCUGCUGCAGGAUGCCAUCCGAGAGGUGGAGGGCCUGAAGGACCUGCUGGUAGGACCUGGAGGGGAGCAGCUCUGGACACCUCGAGAAGCACCCCUGCCCUUGGAAGCAGACAGCGGUGGUAACACAAGCCCUGGGGUCACUGCCAAUGGUGAGGUCCGAACCUUCAAUGGUUCCAUCGAGCUCUGCAGAGCAGACUCUGACUCCAGCCAGAAGGACCGGAAUGGAAACCAGCUGAGGGCACCCCAGGAGGAGGUGUUACAGCGCCUGGUCAACCUCUAUGGACUUCUGCAUGGCCUCCAGGCGGCUGUGGCCCAGCAAGACACUCUGAUGGAAGCACGGUUCCCCGAGGGUCCCGAACGCCGGGAGAAGCUGACUCGAGCCAACUCCCGGGACGGAGAGGCCUGUAGGGCCGGGGCUGGCCCCGUGGCCCCUGAGAAGCAGGCCACGGAACUGGCACUCCUACAGCGGCAACAUGCAUUGCUGCAGGAGGAGCUGCGGCGUUGCCGGCGUCUGGGUGAAGAGCGGGCCACUGAGGCUGGCAGCCUGGAAGCCCGGCUCCGUGAGAGCGAGCAGGCUCGGGCUCUGCUAGAGCGGGAGGCUGAGGAGGCUCGCCGGCAGCUGGCCGCCUUGGGCCACACAGAGCCGCUUGCACCUGAGGCCCCCUGGGCCCGUAGGCCUCUGGAUCCUCGGAGGCGCAGCCUCCCAGCAGGCGACGCCCUAUACCUGAGUUUCACCCCGCCGCAGCUGAGCCGAGGCCACGACCGCCUGGACCUGCCUGUGACUGCUCGCUCUGUCCAUCGGCCCUUUGAGGACCGAGAGAGGCAGGAGCUCGGGAGCCCCGAGGAGCGGCUGCAGGACAGCAGUGACGCCGACACUGGCAGCGAGGAGGAAGGAAGCAGCCGGCUGUCCCCACCCCACAGUCCCCGAGACUUCACCCGAAUGCAGGACAUCCCGGAGGAGACGGAGAGCCGUGACGGGGAGCCUUUGGCUCCUGAGAGCUAAGGGGGCUCCUCCCCACCACCCUGUGCCCCACUGAAGAAUGUGACUGAAGGGGCCAGCCCAGGGUGGGUGGGGGGACUCCACUCUGCCAAUGAGGAGGGAUCAUUGCAAAGAACUGUUGACUGUCCUUGCCAGCUCUUGGGAUCCUUGGAUACCUGGGGCCCUUUAGGAAGCCCGGGAAGGGGAGGAGGGAUUUAGGCCACGGUCCCUACCACCUUAAGGAGGGGGAGCAUCCAGAAGCUACACCACAGAUGCCAACCUUCAUGCCUUCUUCCCUCUACUUUAGGAAAAUUUAUUUAUUUAUUGUUUAUUAGCUAUGGGGGUGGGAAGGGGAAAUUUAAAGGACCAGGGACACGGGAACCAAGCCAUAGGGAUCAGGGGCCUUGUCCUUUAACACUACCGGGUGCAGUCAGGUUUAACCGCGCCGCGGCUGCUGCUGGCCUCUGGCCCGCACACCCCUCCAGCAACACCGGUCCCCAAGGAGGGCCGCAGGUGCAGGACCCCUUCAUGGAGGGCCGUGGGUGGGGCUGCGGCUGGCCUCCUCUCUUCCGCCCCUCCACCCCUCCUGGCCUCGCACUGCUCUGUUCCCUUGGCCUGCUGAAGCCGAUGGCAUAGAGGCUAGGUGGCCCUGAGGGGGACAGGGCAGGGAAGGCAGAUCCCCCACCCCCCAAGGACCAGUCUUUUUUUCUUUUUUUUUUUUGUACCAAAGCCAGCUGCACGUGUUCUAUAUAUAUUUUUAAGAAUGUAGGCCAUUAGGGACCGUAGCCUUUUAUUUUCACGGCUCUGAACUUAAGGGGUUGAGGGAUAACCGUGACUUCUCCAAUGGUCUACAGUCACGGGGCAUGUAUUCUGACCUCUUCCCCAGCCGUCUAGCAGUUCAAGGGCACAGGCUGGGGACAUGUGGAUGAACCCUUGACCUCAGUUUUCCACCUAGGUAGCCGUGACCCAAAACCUCAGCAGGAAUUUGGGGGAAGUUUUCUUAACCAACCCCCAGAGCCCACCAGCUCCAGUCAUUUUUCUGUCAAUUUGGUUAUCAAAGAAAAAAAAUCAGGGAAAAUUAAAAACCUGGAACC